UUUAGUCGGGUAGGGUUAGAUUCGUAUUGAGAAGAAGGUAGCCAUUACCGCCAAGUAUAAUAGAAAUGAGCGGGAACGUGUAUAUGAAAGACUAAAAGCGAAUGAGAAUUUGAGAAUUGAGAUUCAGAAGAAGAAAUGAACGAGAAAGACAGAGAUGAAGAAGUUCAAAGGUGGAUUCGCGUCGACGAAAGCGGCAGUGACAUGCUACGCAGAGUCCAGAGAGUGCGACCUUUCUUGCUUCCACCACCGCUUCACCGUGUUCCUCUCCGCGCCGGCAACGUCCUCGAACUCCUCGGUCCCUCCCCUUCCGCCAAAACCCACAUCCUCAUUCACGUCAGUAACCACUUCUCCCCUUCCUUCAUCGCAAUCCCCCAAUUUCACUCCAUUCUUCAAUUUCAGGUCGCAAUCAGUUGCAUUCUUCCCAAACACUGGAAAGGAAUCCACUACGGAGGUUUCGACCAUGCCGUGCUUUUUCUUGAUCUCGAUUGUCGAUUUGAUAUUCUGCGUUUCUCACAAAUCCUCAUUCAUCGGAUCACUCAACCUCGCCAUCAGGGGGAAGAAGCUGGUGAGAAUUAUGAUAAAGCUUUGUAUGAUAUGUGCAUGACCCGUUUUCUGUAUGUUCGUUGUUCCGACAGUUUCGAGUUUCUUCAGACUCUCAAGACAUUACAUCGUCGCUUAGAAAGGGAGAAAGAAGUUCACCUGCUCAUGAUUGACAGCAUUGGGGCUUUUCAUUGGAUGGAUCGUGCAUCUAUAUUCUUAUCUCUAAAAGAAAAUAACAGGAAAAAACUUUUUCUUCAAAGUGUGUCAGAAGCUGUAGUUCAGGAUAUUAAAAAGCUUCUUCAGGUGCAUCCCAUGCUCGUUAUAGCUACAAAGUCGGUGAUUUUUGGGAAUAGAUAUUCUAAAGCUGCAAUCGAGGUCAAAGGGAAUUUUAUGAAAAAUAAUUGGGAAGAAAGAAGUUCAAGAGGUGUAACGAGAAACCAUCAACACUUUGAGUAUCGUGAGUACAUGCCUUCUGUCUGGCAGUCCUUUGUUACACACAGAAUACUUGUACGUUCUUCAGAUGAUCAUUCUAUUACAGGCAGUUGUCAAAACUCCUCAUUCUAUUUGUUGGAGUGGUUAUUGCCAAGAUUGAGUUUUCCGGACAAGAUUGUAGUGAAAGAUGUAAGAACAUUAUGUUCAGAUCAUGGUUUUUACAUAAUUUUAAGGUAAUCAAACUUGGGAAUUCUAUUGGACUCUGUUGGUUGUUUUUUUAUUGAACUUGUAGGCCGGUGUUUUUGUCGAUUCAUAAAGCAUAUUUGCAGAGGAAUGUCCAUUUGUGAUCCAUUACUGCCUCUUUCAAUUGAGGCAGGACAACAGCACUGACUGAGGAUAUUCAAUCGGGAGCACCCGAAGUGUAAUUAUUGGACAAGGUACAAUCAUGUGAAAGAAACUCCACUGGAAGAUUCGUGAGCUUCCAUGAGAUAUUGACGGGAUGCACAGAAAAGGUUGGGACUUGGAAGGAUGAAGUUCAUCCCAUGUUUGGCAGCAUGUUAGCUAAAAGAAGUAAAUGAUUAGGGGUGAUAGUGAUAGAAUUUGUGAGCCCCACCACUUUCUUAUGUAUGUUCUUUUGGAGGGAAAGGAAGUAACUUUGGGGUUUUAGACUUUUAGUACAAACUUAUAUGCAUUUUCACUUCUUUUUUUAAAUUUUAUGAAACUGACGGAAUAGAAGUGUUGUUUUGUUCUCAUUAGAUGAUAGUAUACCGAAUAGGAGGGGUGAUUAUUUCUUGUAUCCAAUAAUAUUUGUUGUGUAUUUGUGUAACUGCAAUAAUGAAGAACCAAAUAUAUUUCAUUUCUUCUAUCA